AGUGCCUGACGCUCCUGACAGGACAGCAGGCGUCGAUAUUGCCUCGGUUUGUGUUGUCCGCCUACGGGGGCAACGUGUUAUGUCCCGACGUUCAGGAGGAUUCUAACGGGGACAGACACUGUCCCUUCCCCAAGCACCAAGGCGGGGUUUCUGGCACCGGCGCCGCCACUAGACGCCUCGGGGCGGAGCCCCAGACUGGCCGUGGGGGGUCCUCGCGAGCGGCGCGCUCCCUAAAGUGGGACGCGAGCGCGAGCGCGAGCCCCGUCGCGUUUGUUGAGGAGAAAGUCGGAAUCGGCCUGUCCCUUGUCUGUCCGUCCCCCCAAACCCUCACCACCCCAUUGUCUGUGUUCAUGGGCCAUGCAUAUGUGCAUUCAAGUGGACAGCAUAUUUCUAUACAAAACUCGGAUUUAAGAGUUUCUGCUUGCUAAAGAGUAGCUCACAAUAGGAAGUGCUUGCCCUGUAUCAGUACUUUUGAGAACUCACCAGAUCCUCUCAGAUCCUGAUGGCAGGCAUUUAACUUUUUCUGAUUCAGAAGGUUCUGGUAUAGCUGCUUCCCCAGGUUAAGAAGCAAGGAAUGGCGAUGCAGGCCUGGCCCAGAGCUGGAUGCUUUGGGGAGCUGGGUGGGAAAGCAGGCCUGAGGUGUGGGCAGAGCACGUGCAGGGAUGUGCUCAUCGGACCCACCUUGGAGCUGAGCCAAGGGGACACCUUCAUCUCAUUGGAUUCUGCCAACAGCCUGUCUGCAAGGCGAAUCUAUUCCCAUUUUCAACAGCGGGGCUUAGGUCAGGUGCUGCAGGUCAUACAAGUAGUGUGACACCCAGGGAUAAGCCACUGAGGUGUCAAUGAGAUACAGUGUCAGAAGGCAGGCGAUGGGGGUUCUCUUGUUGUAGCUCAGGGCCACGUAUUAGUCAUUUUUCCUGCCUGGAUCUUUGCGUUCUUGUCUGUGUUGUCCCCUUAGGACUGUAGGCAAGUAGCUCUGGGGCCUGGGUGAAGACAGUGACUAGGGUCCCCAUGAUGUCCAGCACUGGGCUCUGACCUCCCCUGAGGACAUGGUGCCCCCUGGGAUCUUUGAUACCCAGGGGUCUGAGGGGCCCUGGCUCUGGGGAGGGAUGCAUGGGGGACCAUGGUUGCCCUGCACCCCGCUGACUGCUUUCCCUCCCUACUCCUUUCUGCAGGUGGUUCCUCCAGGAGUCAACAGCCCCCUCAUCCUUCUUGGUGUCCUGUUUGACAUGACUACAAAGAAGAAGCGAAGAACAGAAGAUGAAAACCGUGAAUUUAAAGUUGAAUGGACCGAGACUUUUGCAUUUAUUCAAAACUUAAAUGGCCUUCCGACCUGUCUUAUUUGUCAGGAAAAAUUGGCGCAUAAUAAGAAAUCAAAUGUGGAGAGACACUUUACAACUAAACACGUGUCAUUUAGUAUUAAAUAUCCUGUCGGUGAUGCAAGGAAGAAAGCAGUUGAGGAACUUCAGAAGAGUCAAGAAAAAUUAAGUUCUGAAUUUAAUUACUGGAUGCCAUCUUCCAACAAUGUUAAUAUUGCAAGUUUUGUGGUUAGUCAAGAGAUUGCUAAGAGAGGAAAACCAUAUACAGAUGGGGAAUAUAUAAAAAGUUGUUUUAUAAAUGCAUCCGAAGAGCUAUUUCGGGAUUUUAAGAACAAAGCAGAUAUUCUAAAAAAAAUUAAAGAGUUACCAUUGUCUGCUGAAACAGUGAAAGAUAGAACAGUCAAAAUGUCUUCGAAUAUAACCAACCAGCAAGUCGAAGAUCUUAAAUUGGUUUCAGCUUUAUCAAUAGCAGUUGGCGAGUCUUGUGACAUAAAUGAUACAGCACAAGUUUCACUUUUUGUACGAUUUAUUUCAUCUACAGGUCCUAAAGAAGAACUUUUAGGAUUAUUGCCACUCAAAGGUCAAACAUGUGGAGAGGAUAUAGCAAAUGCUGUAAUUGAGUGCUUUGAAAAACAUCAUAUUCCACUAGAUAAAAUUGUCUCAAUUUCAACAGACGGGUCAAAAAGUAUGACUGGCGUAAGAAACGGAUUUGUUGCUAUUUUGAAAGAAAAAAUUAAUCACGAGAUACUUACUUACCAUUGCAUCAUUCAUCAAGAAGCGCUUUGUGCGCAGACAUUUCCAGAAGAAAUUUGCAAAGUUAUGGAAUUGGUGAUUAAGAUUAUCAACUCCAUUAUAGCUAAAGCUCUUAAUCAUCACCAAUUUAAAGAAUUUUUAGUUGAAAUGGAGAGUGAGUAUGCAGAUCUGCUGCUGCAUAACAAGGUACGUUGGUUAUCAAGAGGAAACGUUUUGAAACGUUUUGCUUCCUUAUUAGCAGAAAUUAAAGCAUUUCUCCUUGAGAAGGGUGUUCACUAUCCAGAACUAACUAACGAUCAUUGGAUCCAAAAAUUUUAUUUCAUGGUAGAUGUUACGUCUCAUCUAAAUCAGCUUAAUCGUAAACUACAGGGGAAAGGAAACACAGCUUUUUCGAUGUUAGAAGAAGUUAUUUCAUUCGAAAACAAAUUAUAUCUUUUUGCUCAAGAUUUUGAUAGAGAAACUUUGAUUCACUUUCCAAGCCUGUUGAAACAUCGCCAAGAAAAUAAUUCUGAUAUUGACAUUUGCUAUUUCAAAACAACACUUUUAAAUAUGAGGGAAGCUUUUCUCAACAGAUUUCAGGAAUUCAGAAACAGCAAAACGACGUUAGCCUUUGUUAAAAAACCUCUCGAUGCUACUGUAACAGAAUUAAAUUUUUCUCCCUUUAAUAUUGACAUUGGCAACUUUGAAAUGCAAUUGCUGGAUUUAAAAAACAGAGAACUGUGGAGCUCGAAAUUUGAACGUCUUUGUGCUGACAUAGAAAUAAUGGAGGAAAACAAAUGUGAACUUAGUUCACAGCACAAGUGGUCUGCUUUGAAAGACCUGGAGAAGGAGGAUAUGUUGAUUUUUAACACCUGGAAUAGUAUUCCUAACUCAUAUAAUCAACUGAAAAAACUAGCAUUUGCUGUUCUUUCCUUAUUCGGGUCUACAUAUUUAUGCGAACAAUCAUUUUCAAGCAUGAACCUUAUCAAAAGUAAAUUGAGAAGUCGUCUUACUGAUGAGAACCUGGAAUCGUGCUUAAAAUUAAAAACAACAACAUACAAACCUGACUUACCCAAACUUUCCAAGGAGAUGCAAGGCCAUUGUUCACAUUAGUCUUUGUCAGUCAUUGUCAUGUUUUAAUUUUAUGGAUAUUGUAAAUUGUAAGGAAUUUAAUUUUAUCAAUAAAUAUGAUAUCAAGUUUUACUCAACAUACCUAUAGUUUAACUAAGACUUAAAACUUUAAGUAAAGUUUAUUAAGUUAACUUUAGGAAAUGUUGUGGAGUGAAAGAAGAUGUGUUGAGGAUUGAGAAGGUAUGUAUGUUGAGAUGGUUUGGACAUAUAGAGAUGAUGAACAAAAGGAGAUAGACGAAACAAGUAUACAAGAUGAGUGUGGAUGGGAGAGUUGGAAGGGGUAGACCUCAGCGAACGUACCUCAAUCAGAUUGAGGACAUUUUUAGCAAAGGCCAGCUUAGUUAAGUUAAUAACAGGGUACCUGCCUAUAUAGUUUAAGUUUAAAAAAUUUGGCUCUCAAAAGAAAUUUCAGUUGUACUGUUGAUAUUUGGCUCUAUUGACUAAUGAGUUUGCUGAUCACUGCCCUAACCUGCUAAUCCUUUUACUGUUUACCAAACUUUACCUUUGAUAUGCCUGUUUGCUUUGCUAAAGGGCAAAUGUGUAUUCUAGUCCUGCCUCUCAGCUCCUUUAUACAAGUCCAGGAGUGGAAUUUGUUGCCAAUGGCUUGUGAUAUGCCUCUUUGUUGAAUUUUUAAAAAGUGGGGAAAUCUGUAGGAUUGGAUACAUACAAAGGACAAUGGAGAGGUACAUGUUUCUUUUACAGGUAAUGCAAGUUCGUUAACCUCACAUAAAUAUUUUACUGAGGUUAUGCAGGUAAAAGAUAAUGAUGAGGAAUAUUGGGUUCAUCUCCCCCCAGUAUCAGGGUAUAUAUCAAAUAAAAGCUAACGGGUCCGAGGAUUCAGAGAGCUUCUCCGCUAGAGGGAAGUUAUCCAUAUUGCAUGUUUACCACCCCAAGUCAAGUCUCCUUCCAUCACCAUUUAUCCCUUUUUUCCUCUUCUACCUCCCCUACCCCCUUCUCUCUGGUAGGCACCAUACUGUUGUCUGUACCCAUGAGUCUUAUUUUUUUCCCUUGCUUAAUCCCUUCACCCUUAACCAGCCCCCAAUCCCCUCCCCUCUGACAACUGUCAGGCUGUUCUCUGUAUCCAUGAGUUUGCCUCCACUAUGUUCAUUUAUUUUGUUCUUUAGAUUCCACAUAUAAGUGAAAUCAUAUGGUACUUGUCUUUCUUUGACUGGCUUAUUUCACUUAGCAUAAUACUCUCCGGGUCUAUCCAUGCUGCAGAAAAGUGUAAGAUUUCUUUUUUUCUUAGGGCUGAGCAGUAUUCUGUUGUGUCACUGUACCACAGCUUUUUUAUCCACUCAUUUACUGAUGGGCAUUUGGGCUGCUUCCAAAUCUGGGCUAUUCUUCAUGUUGAGAUGACCUUUGGGUAGCCCCUCCAGAUACGCAUUCGUGGCACCAGGGACGUAGCGUCAGGCAUGAAAGAUUUCCUCUGGAUUUCUGGCAUGAAGGGACUUUCAUGGAAGUUCAGGGAGACUGAUACAUACAAGACAUCUCACAACCCUUGGGGAAAACCACUCCAUCCACAUCUUUUAUAGAGCAUGACUCGAAACGCGCUGUGGUGAUUGGAUAGGGUUGGUCACUUGGCCAGAAUGCAGUCAAACCAUUGGCCAUUCAGGGACCUAUGUUGUGGCUGAAGGAGAAAAGUUGAGCUGGACCAGUUGGAUUUUCUUUCUAUGACCUGAGAAAUCCUGGGAGUCCUGGUGGGCUAGUUCAGUUGGUUGGAGCAUUCUUCCUAUAUGCUAAGGUUGCAGGUUCAAUCCCUUUGUCAGGACACAUACAAGAACCAACCAAUGAAUGCACAAAUAGGGGAGCAACAAACUCUCUUUCAAUGAAUGAAUGAAUAAAUAAAUAAAAUUUAAAGAAUUCUGGGAGAAUGGAGCCGUUGAUGGUUGAAGGUGAAGUUGAAAAGUUAAAAUGAGAAAUGGGAAAAGGCAUGAGGGAGCAGACACUAUGAAAAUGCAGAAGCAGUAGAAAAGGGAUUUGCAGCAUCAAAUAGAGGAAUUAGAUGGUUGUUAGCAAGAAAGUCAUAGAACAUCCGGGAAGAGCCAGGGGAGAGGUGCAGAGGGGAGCCCAUCUCCACUUGGUUGCAAUAUAUUAUAUCCUCACAACAACUACCCACUCCACACACAUCUUUCCUAAGAACUGCCCCAAAUUUCCUCUUCUCCACACUUCAACUUGGACACCAGCAAUGAUGUGCCUCACUCCCUUCUGCCACAGCAGUUACCCCUGGGCAGCUCUAAGCUGUGAGAAAGAGCGCUAUUUCUCCUGAGGGGAGGUCGGGGAGGGACUUGGUCUCUCAGAUGUCUCAGGGCUGUCAGUGUCCUAUUUAUUCACCUGGGUGGUGCUUUAUGGGUGUUCACGAGUGCAUGUUUAGCUGUCAACAUACUUCCUGCACCCUAUUUUGCAUAUUUCAAAAUUUUAACAAUGCGAGGUAGAAGAAUCUCUCCUUGACUGGUAAGAACACAUUAGCUACUCAGGAAAAGGAAACAUAAACCCUUUCAAGUCUGUCUUUGACAGGCCAUGCCAUUGGAUAUUAGAAAAUUCUUACAAGUCUUCAUCAGAAAAAGAUAAGGAUCACAUGAUCUCGCUCAUAUGUGGAAUCUAAGUAACAAAGUAAACAGAUGAAUGGAGUGGAUCCAGAGAGACAGAAGCGUGGAACAGAGUGCAGAAUCUCAGAGCGAAGGUGGGGGAGGGUGGAUGGGUGGGAAGUAUUCAACCAAGAACCUUUUAUGGCCCAUGACCACAGAUAGUGGGGUGGUGAGGGACUGGGCCGGGCUGGAGGGGG